UUUUGUCCAAUCACGGCAGACCGGAAGUUUUGAGAGUCUGGUACGCGGGAACUUACCAAUUCUGACUGAGCUGGACAACAGAGAAGGUCGGUGCCGAAUAUAAAAAUUGAAAAGAAAUGAAGGUGGUAACGCGUGAGAUAGCAUGGCACAACAAGGAGCCAGUGUACAGUCUGGACUUUCAGCACAGCUCAGAUGGACGCAUUCAUCGACUGGCCACAGCUGGAGUGGACACCACAGUCAGGCUGUGGCGGGUGGAUGCUGGUCCAGACGGGAAGGCGGUGGUAGAGUUUCUGUCUAAUCUGGCUAGACAUACAAAAGCUGUCAAUGUAGUGCGCUUUAGCCCCAACGGAGAGCUGCUUGCUUCAGGAGGAGAUGAUGCAUUAAUUCUGCUGUGGAAGCUCAACGACUCCAAGGAGCCCGAGCAGGCCUCUGUGUUUCAGGAGGAUGAGGAUGCUCAGCUAAACAAGGAGAGCUGGACUGUGGUCAAAACGCUUAGAGGGCACAUAGAGGAUGUGUAUGACAUCUGCUGGACACGUGAUGGAAACUUCAUGGUGUCUGGAUCUGUUGAUAACACAGCUAUCAUGUGGGACAUCAAUAAAGGACAGAAGCUUUCUAUCUUGAAUGACCACAAGAGCUACGUGCAGGGGGUUACCUGGGAUCCCCAGGGACAAUAUAUUGCCACUCUCAGCUGUGACAGGGUGCUUCGUGUGUACGGCACUCACACCAAGAAGAAGGCCUUCAGUAUCAGUAAAAUGAGCUCUGGGCCGCUUGCAGAAGGAGAGGUGAAGCAGUACAGGAUGUUCCACGAUGACAGCAUGAGGUCUUUCUUUCGCCGUCUCUCAUUCACACCAGACGGGUCAUUCCUGCUUGCUCCCGCUGGAUGCGUGGAGAUAGGAGAAAACAUCAUGAAUACCACCUACAUCUUUUCCAGGAAGGGUCUAAAGAGGCCUAUUGCUCACUUGCCGUGCCCAUCUAAGGCUACACUGGCUGUGCGCUGCUGCCCUGUCUACUUUGAACUGAGGACAAAAAAAGGAGAAGACGGUUCUGUCCAGGCUCUUCCCAAUGUAUUCCAGCUGCCGUACCGUAUGGUGUUUGCCGUGGCCUCUGAGGAUUCAAUUGUGUUGUAUGACACGCAGCAGACACUUCCAUUUGGCCUUGUGUCCAACAUCCACUACCACACACUCAGUGAUCUCACAUGGUCCCGCGAUGGCUCCUUCCUGGCUGUGUCCUCCACAGACGGUUACUGCUCCUUCCUGUCAUUCUCUCCCGGGGAGCUGGGCACUCCACUGAAAGAGCCGCCCACCCUGGAGGUCUUUGUCCCAAGCAGUGGUGUUGAGAAAAAAGGCAAGAAGGCAUCAUUGGCCAAAAGCUCAUCUCCUGUAUCCCAGCCGUCACCCUCGGCCCCACCUGCCACAUCCCAAGCUAACCAGGGCAAAGACGCCCCCUCUCUAACCUCCCCAGAGGAGAAGAAGAGCACCCCUCGUGCCAACUCCAAACCUCAGCCCCGCAGGAUCACCCUCAACACCCUUGAGGGAUGGGGAAAGCCCAGUACUCCUAAAGCCACGGCCUCUGCAGCACCUCAGUCCUCAAAAUCUGGGAGCACAAGCGCCCCUUCCACUCCCCAACCACGCGUAACCCCCCUCUCUCCUUCCACACCAAAAGUCCUCAACAGUGCCAAUACUCCUGGGCCCGCAACACCUAAGAGUGCUGCCACAUCAAAAGGGCCCACUCCAAGGAGAGUAUCUUUGACUCCCAUUGCACCCCGGCCUCCAGCUGUUGGCUCACUUUUCAGCCCCCUCUCCUCCACAGAAAAGGCCAAACAUGAUCGUCCUUCUCCUCCCACUGAUUCAGUGUGCCAGCCUCCAGAAUCUAAACGACCCAAGACCACCCAAGGAAAGACCAGCGUCACCCAGGAGUAGUAGAGAAAAGUGUGGUGCUGUAAAAUAAGACUAGAGUACAUAAAUCAGAAUGGAAGUUGAAGAUGCAUCAGCAAAAGAGCACCGAGGCUCCCCAUGAAUUCAGUGUUGUGCAAUAGCAUUGCCUUUGCGUCAUAUUGAUCUUAGUGACUGGAGCUUUACAUUUCACUUUAUGUACUCAGUUAUAAAGCAGACUGUAUUGCAGUUUAUGUCCUUUAUUCUUUUUUUAAAGGUGUUUUGUAUCAUACAAUAAACAAGUAAUGAGUUAAUUGUAUUAUAUUUGAGUUGUGUGAACUUUAAAAGCUUGAGUAAAAUUGUUUCACUUCUCCAGAACAUGAUUGUGAAGAGAAAACUGUACUGAAAACCUGUAGAAGACAAUAACAAGCACUCGAAGGGUUUUGAAUUUGUGUGAGCUUUGAGUAUAUAGCAUGCUGAAGACUUUGGUUGAAUAGGGUGACUUCUGUUGUUACGCAUUUACAUUUUCUUAUUGUUUAAUAAAAGAUAUUUGAUAUAAAGUGCAA